AUGGUGGUCAGUUUUACUGGUUCGACGGAGACUGGCCGGAAGGUAAUGAUGGCGGCAACCAUGAGCAAUUUGAAACCAGUUUCACUUGAAUUAGGUGGCAAGUCCCCAGUCUUGAUCUUUGAUGAUGCUGAUGUUGACAAAACUGUAUCUCGGUCGUCCCUAGUAACUGUUUAUAAUUUUCAGGGAGAAAUAUGUGUUGCAUUUUCCAGAGUUUAUGUUCAAGAAGGAAUUUAUGAUGAAUUUGAGAAGAAGGUCGUGGAGAAGGCAAAAACAUGGGUAGUAGGAGAUCCAUUUGACCCUAAAAUUCAGCAAGGAUCACAGACUAGUAAGGCACAGUUUGAGAAAAUUCUGUCCUAUAUUGAGCUUGGAAAGAAAGAAGGAGCUACCCUUUUAACUGGGAAAAAGGAUUUGGAAACAAGGGAGGACAUGCUAAUAUCACAAGAUGAGAUAUUUGGACCUGUCAUGACUUCUCGCUUACUUCUGCCUAGGCGAGUGAGUCACAUGCUUCGACCACCGGACGCCAUCCUCCUGUAUUUGAGUGAGACUGCCUUCGGCAACACGGUGUCUCUCAAGGACUUCAUUUUUGACAACUCCUUGAUCACGACAUUUGUGGAGCGUUGA